AUGUACGAAGCCCUCGUGUCAUUCGUCAACCGGCCGGCGGCCCCAUCUCCUGGGUGGCUGAGGAUUCCGAUCACCGGCAACAUGGUGGUUUCCGGUUGGGCGGCAGUUGGCCGAGCUCCGGCUAAACCCUUUCUCAAUCGCCCCAAUCCUCGGCAACGUCGGCGGAGAAGACCCAGAAGCGCCGAGCCGCAGCUGAGCCAGUUCUUCAGAAACGCCAUUUCCACCGCCGAUGAUGGUACCAAGGCAAUCGACACUGAAGCAGCUCAUCCGAAACAAAAAUUGAGGGAAUUGGAGAAAGUUGUGAGGAGUCUAAGCAAGGAGAGGGAUGAAAAUGGAAGAAAAACCAGGCCGCCCAUUCCUGCAAAAACCGAGCCAAUCGAACGAGAUGGAGCUCAGGUUAGUAGUUUGUCUGCGCUCUUCGCUGUUGAGAAGAAAGAGAAAGUUAAAUCAAACAAGCUGCCGAUAGUCUUUGGCCUUGAGGACCCAAACAAAGAGCUUUCUCCCGAGGAUUUAAACGGUGCGAAUUUUCUUCCCAAGGAUGAAUUCCAUGUUACGUGCUUCGAGAUGAGCUAUGAUCAGGAAUUUUUGAAGUCUGCGGCUGUGAAGUUUGGAGAAGAUCACCAGAAGAUUGCUGUGUGGUUAACCGCUAGUGAUCUUAAAAAAAUAGCUCUUUUCGGGUGCCCAUCUUAUGGGCAUAAGUCCAUAUAUGCUGCUAAACACAUGCGCCAGUUCUUUGAAAUCGAGGAACAAAAGGCAAAGACCCAAAAAAAAAAAAGCUUUAUUUCUUUCAUAACCCAACUGCAAGAUGAGCUUUUCCAUAUUCAGGUUUGCGGAACGUGCACGUUAAGAAACUCGUGCAAGCAUGCUAAUAAGGGAUGGAAUAAAUCUACCCAAUUGAGUUUGGCUAAAGUGAUCCAAGUCCUCGUCAUGUAUGCUAUGGGAUCGGUUCCUGAAAAUUUGGAAGUGCCUGAAGAUAAACAACUCAGUGAGUCGAUUGCUGAAGGAGAUUGUUAA